GAGACCGUCGGCGGCGCGAGGCGAGUGUGGGCGGCGCGAGGCUUCUUGCUCGCCUGCAGCUCCUGAAGUGAGGAGGGGGAGCGUGAGGUCGAAGCUGCGCCCGGCUGAGGCAGGCUCGAAGCGCCGGUCUAUACUACGACAGGCGGGGCCUUGGCAGGUCUGGGCCUCGUACGGACUCUUCCCGGGGAUUCCAUGACCGCUCAGCCGCCGCCAUUCUUCCUCCCGCUGAGCCCGCUGGCGGCGGAUUUGGACAGCGAUUUUUAUCCAGGAUGUCACGCACAGGCCGCGAUUUGAGAUCUCUGUCUAAAGCACUCAUGAGUGACUGGGUUGGUGGAAAAGCUUUGUACCCCAGUGUGUUAUGAGAAUGAGCUGGCGCUCUUGUCUGGGAUGCAGGCAUUGAGAUCCCACAACUCUUGGCCAGGAAGAUGCUCCAAACCAGCAACUACAGCCUGGUGCUCUCCUUGCAGUUCUUACUGCUAUCCUAUGACCUCUUUGUCAACUCUUUCUCCGAACUACUGCGCAUCGCCCCAGUCAUCCAGCUUGUGCUCUUCAUCAUUCAGGAUAUUGCUAUCCUCUUCAAUAUUAUCAUCAUCUUCCUCAUGUUCUUCAAUACCUUCGUCUUCCAGGCUGGCCUGGUUAAUCUUCUGUUCCACAAAUUUAAGGGAACAAUCUUUAUAUCAGGAACAUACCUUGCUUUGAGUGUAUCCUUCCACAUCUGGAUCAUGAAUCUCCGCUGGAGAAGUUCCAAUUAUUUUGUUUGGACUGAUGGACUACAGACCCUCUUUGUUUUCCAAAGACUGGUGGCUGUGCUUUAUUACUAUUUUUAUAAGAGGACAGCUGUGCAUUUGGGAGACCCUCGUUUCUACCGGGACUCACUCUGGCUUCGGAAGGAGUUUGCUCAAGUCCGCAGCUGACAGCUGUUUUCUGGCCUACCUGAACUGAAAUCACUCUGCUGCAAUAUAAAGGAGACUUCAUCAGUAUCUUUCACGACAUUGUCCCUUCUUAGCUAUUUGCAGUCACCCGUUUCCUAUUGUUUUGGUUCUAAAACUUACAUGAUCAGAUGACAUCAUCCACAUCCUAAAUUCAGUGCACUUCAGAUUACUUAUCAAUGAAGCUGCUCUUUUGUGGAUUCUCUUAUUUCUGCUACAUGCUUCUGAACCUCCAGGCACUCUACAUCCUCCAUCCAGAUCUUCAGACUGUAUUUUUCCCCCUGGAUGUGGCUGCAGCCUUACUGAGGAACAAUCUGAAGUGCCAAAUGGGAUUGGCAAGAACUCAACAAGUAGCAGUUUUCUCUUUGAAGAAUAUUCCCUCAUCAUGUGUUCCACAUCGUUUGUCAAAAAGGCCUCUUGCCUUCAUUAGUACCACUGGCAAUGCAACUAAGCAUAAAAGAACAAUCCUCUAGCUUUGCAAUAUUGCUUUUAUCUGGGCAAACAUACUCUCGAGGACUUAUUAGACUUGUCUUUUGUACUUGUGUUUUUAUUAACUAUGAGAAAAUAAAUCUUUUUUCCAGAAACUAUAA